AGGUGAUUCUCACAAGACCGCCGUCUUAAUCCUCCCCGGCCCACCGAGAGGUUCCUCUGACAUCACAGCGGCUCCAAAGGGGCGUGAAGAUAAGUGGAACACAGUAUACUUAUGCUUUCCAGUGUGUCUCUCCGCACAUUGCCAGCGACCGCACUCACUAAUGCGAAGACACACAACAGAACGGAGCGCUUCCAAGAGAGAUUCCACGCAGCAAACCCGGGACUAAUUGCGCUGUUACUGUGAGAGACCUGCUGUGGAAUCCCAUUUGUCUUGCCGCUGAUUAGGAGGGGGAAAGGAAGAAGAGGAUAAGUGAAAGCACGUCAUGAAGGCGCUCUCCGCUCUGUGCCUUCUCGGCGUGUGGCUCGUGGCCCGGCCGGCGACGGCGCAGUUCCCCAGAGUCUGCUGCACCGUGGAAGGCAUCGUGUCCAAGCGCUGCUGCCCCGCCCUGGGCCCCGACCCGGCCAACGUGUGCGGCUUUCAGUCGGGCCGAGGGGUCUGCGCUGCCAUCCGGGUGGACAGCAAGCCCUGGGGGGGGCCCUACAGCCUGAGGAACGUCGACGACCGCGAGAGGUGGCCCACCAAGUUCUUCAACCAGACCUGCCGAUGCCUGGGUAACUACGGCGGCUUCGACUGCGGCCAGUGUAAGUUCGGCUGGACGGGGGCGAGCUGCGACCAGAGGAAGGCCCAGGUGGUCCGGCGGGACAUCCACUCGCUGUCGCCGGCCGAGCUGCGGGAGUUCCUGGACGUGCUGGACCUGGCCAAGAACGCCACCCACCCCGACUACGUCAUCGCCACGCAGCACUGGCUGGGCCUGCUGGGGCCGGACGGCACCGAGCCCCAGUUCACCAACACCUCCGUCUACGACUUCUUCGUCUGGCAGCACUACUACUCCGUCAGGGACACGCUGCUCGGUCCCGGUCGUCCCUUCAAGGGCAUCGACUUCUCCCACAAAGGGCCGGCCUUCAUCACCUGGCAUCGCUACCACCUCAUGAGCCUGGAGAGAGAGCUGCAGAGGCUGACGGGGAACGAGAACUUUGCGGUCCCGUACUGGAACUUCGCCACGGGCCAGACCGAGUGCGACGUCUGCAACGACGCCAUGCUGGGGGGCCGCAACCCCGAAGACCCCUCCCUCAUCAGCAACCAGUCCCGCUUCUCCAACUGGGGGGUGGUGUGCGACAGCCUGGAUGAGUACAACCGUCUGGUGGUCCUGUGUAACGGCUCCAGCGAGGGGGUGAUCCGCCGGGGCCUGGCGGGACGCGCCAACGUCAGCCUUCCCACCAUGAGCGACGUGCGCAGCUGCCUGGGCAUCAGGGACUUCGACAGCCCCCCCUACUUCACCAACUCCUCCUUCAGCUUCAGGAACGCCCUGGAGGGCUACGAGCGGCCGGACGGCGAGCUGGACGACUCGGUCAACAACCUGCACAACCUGGUGCACUCCUUCCUCAACGGCACCAGCGGCCUGUCCCACUCCGCCGCCAACGACCCCAUCUUCCUGGUGCUCCACGCCUUCACCGACGCCAUCUUCGACCAGUGGAUGAAGCGGAUGGGCCCGUCCAACGCCAGCUACCCGGACGAGAUGGCGCCCAUCGGCCAUAACCGGGACUUCAACAUGGUGCCCUUCUUCCCCCCUGUGACCAACGAGGAGAUCUACGUGACGGCGGAGCAGCUGGGCUACUCCUACGCCAUCGACCUGGAGGUGGAGGAGGGCGGGGCCAACGUGCUGGUGCUGGGCUCCACCCUGGGCGGAGUCUUCGUGGGGCUCCUGGGGCUCCUCCUCCUCUUCCUCCUCUACGCCCGCCAGCGGAGGAGCCGCGGGUUCGAGCCCCUGAUCAAGGCGGACUUCAGUAACAAGCGGUACACGGAGGAGGCCUGAACUGCCCGGCGACGGCGGCUGAUUGGCUCACACAUUGCACAACGAAAGAAGGCUCGUCCAAUCAGGAACCUGGAGGGUCUACAGAAGCAUAAAGACUGUACAUUUCAUAAUAAGAGCGCUGUAAAUAUGAAACGGCAUUGAAAAUAAGAAUAAAAAUACAUUUUCUGGAAUCAGUAUUGUCACCAAAAUUGUCUGGAUACUUGCUAGGAUUUUGACGUUGCAUUCUUACAAAUUAUUUUUUACAACAUCAAUAUCAGCUGUCAAUCAAUAUGAAUUCAGAAGAAAAAGUGACAGGACACAAUUAAAUCUUCGCUGCAUUUGCAUUCAAAACACUGGUAUUUUUGUUUGAUGUGGACUCUUGUAAACUAGAAAUGACAUUUCAAAACCCCAAGCACUUAAUAUGCAAUUGACAUUUUAUUUCAAACAACAAUUCAUUACUUCUAAUAAAAAAAAAAUCAUGAAAAA